CGGACUCUGGUUCUACAAAAUUAGCAAAUAGUUUUGUUAUGGUUCUUGAAACCAACCUGCGACCAAAAGGCAGAUUAGGUUCCAUUAUUAAAAAAAAAAAAGACCAGCAAAUAAAAAACAUGUCCUGAUUCUUCUUCUUCUUCUUCUUCUUCUUCUUCUUCUUCAACGUCCUUGACUGGCCCUCCUUUCUUUUUGGGAUCCCUUUAUAUCCGUUGAAUCUCGUCAAGUGAUUUGUGUUCUUCCAACUCGGUUUUUUUUUUACCCGUCUUUUUUGGCUGAAACAGCUGUAAUGCCAUGCAAGAACCCGAAUCUCAAGUUCCCAGGGUGUAGGAGGUAGACCACUCCCAAAAUUUCUCUUCCUUUUUCGACAAAUCAAUCAUGCCCUUUUAACCCUUUUUUCAUACGGAUCUUUCUGGGUUUUUCCUCGUUUCCCUCAAAGCCCCUCCCCCUCGGCUUCUUCUUUUUAGUUUGGAUUUGGUGCUUUUUGAUUGGGCGAGUUAACGUGAAUCAAUGAUCGGUUAGGUGGGUUUGGUUUUUAAGGGUUGAUGGGGAAUUGUUUCACAAGCAGCAUUCCUCGUUGUUCAGGAGGUUGCCACUCUUGCUGUAUAAAGCUGCCAUCAUGUAUAUGCUGCUGCAGCAGCAAAGGCAAGGCUCGAAUCCAGAGCCAGAUUGCAUCUGUGGCCAAAGGGAAUGUUCAUAUAGUGGCCAAAAUCGACAAAUGGGAGGAGAAGAUCACAGAAGCUAGUAUCAACGGAAAAAUCCUUGUAGCAAAUUUCAGCGCAUCGUGGUGCAUACCCUGUAGAGAAAUAGCACCAGUUUACCAGGAGCUUGCAGAUAGAUACCCAUUUAUGAUAUUCGUGACAGUGGAUGUCGAAGAACUCGCUCAGGAGUUCAGUAACGAAUGGAAUGUGGAAGCAACUCCGACCAUAGUUUUCCUGAGGGAUGGGAGGCAAGUGGAUAAACUUGUGGGUGCCAAUACAGUAGAGCUUCAGAAGAAAACCGCAGCAGUUGCAGAUCUCGUCCUCAGAAAAUCAUAAACAGAAUAUCCAUGUCUGAAUGUCCGAGAACAGGAUCAGAAGUUGCUUGCAGAUGAACUAAGUGACAAGAAAAGCUUCGGAGGUUUCGGUAGAUGUCUGUUUCAGAAAUUGGGUGGCUAACUCUGAAACUUUUCACUCGCAAGACGAUCGGUUCUUCGCAAUGCCCAAGACGAACUUAGCUUUCAGACAUAGAAACACAGUGUUUCAAGACGAUGAAGUUGCAGAGACGAAUCUAUGGUGAAAACCGGGUUUUGUCUCCAAUUUGGAGGGCUUGGCCCUUGAGAGAGACA